GAAUUUGUUAUCUUUUUCUGAGAUUAUGUCUUUCGAGACUGCAUCUAAAGACAAUGAUUUGGUUGAAUCUUCUUUGAAUAGUGCUUCAGAAGACACACUUGCAGAUAAUGACGAAGAGUUAGUUAGCACCGAUAGUGCAUCAUUUAUUCGAAAUGUUUUAGGUUCAGAAUUUGAAAUCUAUGAUGGUGAUUUGCCCUUAAUCACCACUCCAAUUGAGAUUGAGGUGGGCACUCGAACCAUUUCUCCAUUUUUAAACACAAAUGUAAAACGUUCUCAGAUGGCAGUUGCAGAAAAAGAGUUUUUAAAUGUGAUAGAGGUGGAAGAUAUAAUGAGCGGCUUUCAAGACCAACACUAG